UAAUAAUCUGAUUGGACUUUUCAUUUUAAAAAUCGAAACUUUUUUUUUUUACCCUUUUUAUUUUUUCCUAUUAUAUACGGAUUUCCCAUGAAUUUUCAUAUGAAUUUGAUGAAAAUUUCCUUUUGGGUGUCUAAAGUGUAAAAAGUCAUCCUUUUUAUUUUCUUUGAUUCCUUCAAAAACUUUAUGAUCAAACAUGGUGUCAAGUGUUUCUCCCAAUCUUGAAUGUUUGAAGCUAAGAACCCUUUAUUCUCUUCCACCACUUAGACAUGAGAGGAACAAAAACACCAUGUCACGUGGCAUGAUCAAUGUUUUUUCCUUGUCUAGUUCAAGGAACAUGAAGUCACAAAGAGUGAAUCAUGUUUGUUGUUCUUUCCCUUUUGAUGAUUUUCACAAAGAUGGAAAAAGAGAAAUUUUGGAACCUUCUUUACUUGGUAUUCAACCUGAACCACCAAGUUGGCCAGAGAGAGAAGAGAUUUUGAGACUAAGUUUUGAAAGGAGAGUGAAAAGUGUUGGAAUCCCUUUAUCAAUUAGGAUGAUAAAGAAGAAGCUACAAUUAGAACAAGGUUUUAAAUAUGCUGCAUCAAGUGAAUCGAUUCAUUGUUGUGUUAAGAAGUGUUUCUCUUCUUUGUUGUUUAUUCUCCAUGAGCUUCAAAAUCAUGCUUUGAAAACAAGGGAAUCACUUUGUGGUGACGAUUUAGAAAGCGUCAUUGUUAAGCUCAAUAGAGAAAUGGAUGAUUCAUUUGUUUGGUUGUUUCGACAUGUUUUUAGUGAAACACCAACUUUAAUGGUUGAUGUUAUGGUUCUUUUAAGUAACUUUUCUAUGUUUUCUAUGAUGAGGAACAACAACAACAACAAAAGUAUUAAGGAUGUUUUACAUGGUGAUCUUGUUGUUCAAGAUGAAUGUGUGAAGGAGUUAACAGAAGAGGAAGAAUUGUUGUGGAAUUCAAUGUUGGAGGAAGUUUCAAAGAUGGAAAAGGAAUUGAGGGGUGAGGUUUUUUUGGAUCAUGAAACAAAGAUGAAUUUUGUGGCACCAAUUUGUGUUGAGAUUGAAGGGGAUCAAUACGAGGAAUAUGAGAAAACUAAGGAUUAUUACAAAAAGCAUAUAAGCCUUACACCUAACAAUUCACUUCUUCUGUCUAACUAUGCUCAAUUUCUCUUCCUUGUUCUUCAUGACAAUGAUGGUGCUGAAGAAUACUACAAAAAAUCAGUGUUAGUGGAAUCACCAGAAGCUGAAGCAUAUUGUAGAUAUGCUGAUUUCUUGUGGUGGAUAAGGAAGGAUAAUUGGGCAGCAGAACUGAGAUAUAUGCAAGCAUUGGAAGCAGAUCCUGAAAACACUUAUUAUUUAUCAAAGUAUGCUAGUUUUCUUUGGAACACUGGUGGACAACAAGACAAUUCUACUAGCUUUCCUAUAGAAGAAUUAGAUAACAUGCAAAUAUGAUACUGUCCAUAUUAUCCAUCUAUAUUCCACUUUUAUUUAAGUUGUUUCCCUUUAUAGAUUUUUGUUACGCAAAUUAUUGUAUGUUAUGUAUCAAGGUUAUUAUGUCCGAAUCACAGAGAGACAUCAGACAUCGUAAUUUUACAAAAGUUACAACUUGUAAUUUUUGUAAAAUUUACAGAACAUAAUCUUCCUAUUCUAUACACAGUUUAACAUAGACAUGUUUUAAAUUAA